UGGUAUGCCAUUCUGAUGACUUUCAAUAGUCAUAGUCAUCGGUCAUAUUUCUCGCGUUUCAGUAUUCGGUAGAUGCGUCAGUGCGUACUUCAAUAACUUUCAGUUGAAUUUGGAUUUGGGAAGUCGUUUCAGCAGGGACCAACGCGCACGACGUGUGAUUCUCUCUCUGCUUUGCCCUGGUUGUGUCCAGUGCCAACGACAUUCCCAGUGCUAUACUUGUUUAAUCGCAUUAAUAAACUAGUGGUCUAAUAGAAAGAAACACCUGAACUCAUCCGUUGGCAGUACGCUAACGCGUCUUCGCCAUGGCCAAUGAGAAGAAGGACCCCGGAGGGGUUGGUCUCCAGAUCGAGUCACCUUCUCCGGUGCCAUCUGCAUCCAUUUUCAACCUCAACGUUCCCGAAGCAAAUCUUCCGGUGCCACUUACUAUGGAGGAGAAGAAGUAUUUGAUGGCGGUAGAGCGAGGAGAUUUGGCAACCGUAAGAAGAAUCCUGCAGCGUGCCCACCGGAAGCAGCACAUCAAUGUCAACUGUGUGGACUCAUUCGGACGGGGGGCUCUCACACUGUCAAUCGACGGCGAAAAUCUGGAAAUGGUCGAACUGCUCAUCAUUAUGCAGGUGGAAACCAAGGAUGCUCUCCUACUCGCCAUUAAUGCCGAGUUCGUGGAAGCCGUCGAACUGCUGCUGGAACACGAGGAACUGAUCCACAAGGAGGGAGAACCUUAUAGCUGGCAAAAGGUGGACAUCACCACGUCUAUGUUCACACCGGACAUAACCCCGUUGAUGCUAGCUGCACACAAAAACAAUUAUGAGAUUCUGAAGAUUCUGUUGGAUCGCGGGGCGACUCUUCCAAUGCCUCAUGAUGUCAAAUGCGGUUGUGACGAAUGUAUUCGACGUUCGUCGGAGGACUCCCUGCGUCACUCGCUGGCCCGUGUUAAUGAAUACCGUGCUCUAGCGAGUCCCUCGCUGAUUACACUCAGCUCACAGGAUCCCCUGUUGACUGCCUUUCAACUGUCCUGGGAACUUCGUAAUCUUGCUUUCGCCGAGCAAGAAUGCAAAAGUGAAUACCUCAAGCUGCGCCAGCAGUGUCAAAAGUUUGCUGUGGAUCUCCUCGAUCAGUCUCGUAGCUCUCAGGAGCUGGCCAUCAUUCUGAACUAUGACCCGGAGUCACCACCAUACAUGGAUGGGGAUCACAUGCAGUUGCAGCGUCUGGAGUUGGCCAUCGAUUAUAAGCAGAAAAAGUUUGUGGCGCAUCCUAACAUUCAACAACUGCUGGCCGCAUUGUGGUACGAAGGGGUGCCUGGUUUUCGCCGCAAAACCGCCAUGCAGAAACUUGGCAUCAUAUCGAAAGUGGCUCUGUUUUUUCCAUUUUAUUGCAUGCUUUACAUGGUCGCACCGUCUUGCAAAACUUCGAAGUUUAUGAGGAAGCCAUUUAUGAAAUUCUUGAUCCACGCCUCGUCAUAUCUGUUUUUCCUAUUCCUGCUGAUUUUGGUGUCACAAAGAGCUGAAGUCCAAAUUGUACAAAUCUUCGGAACACAGAGCAUGAAACGUGCGCUAGCGGAAGAACUUGCCCGCCAACGGGGCAACGGGCCAACAUAUCUGGAGAUAGUUCUGGUCAUCUACGUAUUGGGCUUUAUUUGGGAGGAAAUACAGGAAAUCUACAUCGAAGGCAUCCACAGUUACCUUCGCAACUUGUGGAACUUCAUCGAUUUCUCGCGCAACUUCCUGUACUGCUGUGUGGCAUUGCUGCGGCUAAUCGCGUACAUUCAGCAAACGUCGGAGAUCAACAGAGAUCCAAGUACGGCCUACAUUGCCCGGGAGAACUGGGAUGAUUUCGACCCACAGCUAAUCGCGGAGGGUUUGUUCGCAGCGGCGAACGUCUUUUCGGCACUGAAACUGGUUCAUCUAUUCUCUAUCAACCCCCAUCUUGGACCAUUGCAAAUCUCGCUAGGUCGGAUGGUGAUCGAUAUCGUGAAGUUCUUUUCCAUCUACUCGUUAGUGCUGUUUGCUUUCGCUUGUGGUUUAAAUCAGCUACUUUGGUACUUUGCCGAUCUGGAGAAGGCAAAAUGUUACAGCUUGAAGGGAGGGCUACCAGAUUGGGAUAACCAAGGAGAUGCUUGCAUGAAAUGGCGCCGUUUUGGAAAUCUAUUUGAAUCUUCGCAGUCACUAUUCUGGGCCAGCUUCGGAACAAUCGGGUUAGAGAGCUUCGAACUGACGGGAAUCAAAUCGUACACACGGUUCUGGGGCCUGCUCAUGUUUGGUUCCUACAGUGUGAUCAAUGUGAUUGUCCUGCUGAACCUGCUCAUCGCCAUGAUGUCCAAUUCGUACGCGAUGAUUGACGAACACUCGGAUACCGAGUGGAAGUUCGCCAGAACCCGAUUGUGGAUGAGUUAUUUCGAGGAGAGUUCAACGCUGCCGCCACCGUUCAAUAUUUUCCCCAGUAUGAAGCACCUGAUGCGACUCUGUGGAAAGAAGAAGAAACGCGACAUCAAGCGGGAGUCUACAAUUAGACGCAGAGAGGAUAAGGAACGCACCGAGCGCUACACAAAUGUUAUGCGAGCUUUGGUUUGGCGCUACGUCUCCGCAAAACAUCGUAAAAUGGAGGAAGAUCCUGUAACCGAAGACGACAUCAAUGAGGUCAAGGGAGAGAUAUCAGCUAUGCGGUAUGAGUUAUUGGAAAUCUUCGAGAAGAAUGGAAUGGAUGUGUCCCAUGUUGAUCGCAAGGAAAAGACCGUUGUUGCCAAACGAAUGAAAGUUUGGGAGCGACGCCUCCUCAAGGAUUUCCAUGUCGCGCCUGUAGAUAUGCAGAAUGACGGUGGAGAUGAAAACGAAGAGGAGGAAGAACAGGACGCUAACCCUCUGGCUAGAUUCCGUCGCAUCGCCCGAAAGGUAGCCAAUCAGACGGCUUCGGCUAAAUGGGGCGAGGUGAUGUCCGGUGUAGGAAUCGAGACGCAUUCGCAAAUUGGUAGAUGUAAGAAUCGUGGCAGCUUCCGCCAGCAGAUGCAGCUCCAAAAGGCUAUGGAGGAAGCUAAGCGUCUUGUAGAGCGAAGCCCCUUACCACGUUCGCGUAGUGCUUCCCCUCUGUACGAAGGGUUUGGAGAUGAGACAACGACCACUUUGAUGCAGUUGAUUAAUGAACUUGAGGAAGAAACUGCGGCUGUUAGCUCACCUGAAAAUACUUUGCAAGUAGGAGACAAAACCGGUCGUGCGACAACUCCAUCGAACCUGCUGAAUGCACAGUUACUAACUGCAGCCAGCAAAACUCCAUCUCCCUCGAUGGACAAAUCUCGAAAAGUUGAAGGGAAGUCUUCAUCAGACCUGAGCCGAACACGUUCACCAAAUAGACCAUCUCCAGAGUCAUCCUCUUCCAAUAGCUCUGAGAAGAAACCCAAUCUGGGAGUAAAGGCUCCCACAAAUAUCAAAUCACCACCCCGAAUGAAAAGUCCACCUCCGAUGAUUCACUCUCCACCACCAACGAUUCAUGUGACCCAAGGUGGGCCGCGACCACUGAAGAAACCCGAUGAAGGAUCAAUCGUUUCCAAGCCGGCAACAUCAAUGGCUGGAGCGAAAGGAGAAUCAACAGACAACAAACCUCCGGUCACGGAUCAAGUGCCGCCCGGAUCAGAAGUUACCUCACCGCCGAAAGUCAUCAAACGAAAACCAGCUGCCCCGAUAACACCGACGGACAACAGUACUUCAUCAGGAGAAAUUGCUGUCUCCCGACCGGUAGUCAGCAAACCUCAACUCGGCCAGGGAAUGCUCCCUCCUCCACCGUCCAAAGAAGAUUCGGGACCCUCGAAUAUCACGAUCCCGAUACUCUCCACGACUCCGGCCACCCCACUUCCCAGACCGAAGAACAUCGAGUCUCCUCCACCACCGGUCGCGCCUAAAUCCCAUCCACCACCAGCACCCCCGAGCAAGGUGAAUCCCUCGAAGGUGGAAAUUAUGUCCGAGCAGCUGACCGACGUGACUUCCAGCACCGAGCACCUAGUCGUCAGUAGGAGCGAAGACAACGCUGCAGGGGAUGCCGCGAAGGCCUCGGCAUCGCCACAGUGCCUACGUCCGGUUAAUAAGAUUAUCGACGUGAAAACAAUCAAACGGCAGCCCAAGCAUGGAUGGCUGUAGAAGGGUUUAGCAUAUCCAAUUCAAUGAACUUUGUAUGUUGUAAUUUACAAAACAACAGCUAGUGCAGGGUUCUCACCUAUGGGUUAAAUCAUUUUGAGAAACUGUAUUUAUGUGAUUAGAAAAUGUAACUAUUGUCUACCAAGAGUGACUUGAAUGUGAUAUAAUAAAGGUUAAAUACUUCCACUGA